CUUUGUCUGUCAUCGUUAUCCAAUUGAUCAUGGCCCUUGUAGCAGGGGAGAAGUUGAGAGAGAGAGAUCACGAUCCGCAUUGAACAAGGUUAAAUAAAUAGAAAAGGACAAAAAAAGAUGUACUCCGUGCCAGCUUAAAAUUGCAUCCUAAAGACUCCUUUACACUUGGAAGAUAGAUAGGUCUCUCGUUCCCUGGGUUCUUUAUCCUUUUAUUUAUUCGCAAAGCACAGCUCCGUUUCUUCUAUCAAUAUGUUUGGUACACUUUAGACCUCGCAAAACAUCUUGAGAUCGAGAGAAUCUUUCUGGGUUUCGAAGAUAAGAGCUACAUAAUUCAUAUCCUACCUGGGUUUUUUUUUUUUUUUUUUAGCUUUGAGAGAGAGAGGGAGAGAGGAGACAAGAUGUUGGAAGGAAAAGCUAUGGUGGAAGACACAGACAUGCCGGUGAAGAUGCAGAUCCAAGCAAUGGCUUCUGCUUCUCAAGCUUUGGAUCUCUACGAUGUCAUUGACUGCAGAUCCAUUGCUGCCCACAUAAAAAAGGAUUUUGACAAGAAGUUUGGGGGUGGAUGGCAGUGCGUGGUGGGUUCGAAUUUUGGGUGUUUCUUCACUCAUUCUAAAGGAACUUUCAUCUACUUUAAGCUGGAGACUCUCAAUUUCCUCAUCUUCAAAGGGGCUGCUUCCUCCUCUCCAUGAUAUGCUAAGGCAGUGCAAAUGCUUGGUUGUAUAAACAACGUUGGACAGAAAGGCCGAAGAUGAAAAAAAAGUGCACCAAACUUUUCCAUGUUCCUUUUUCUAGAAUGUUGUAAAAUAAUACGGAUAAAGAUAGAACAUGGGGGAUGAUUUUUGGAUUAUCCCGUCGUUGAGGGCCUUGUGGUGCUUGUUGGGGCAUUUCGUAAUGUCCCAUUAUUGUACAUAGCGUAGUUGUCAAUGAUGUUUAUCCUUUUUAUUUGAAAAUCUAUCCAUUUCCCAA